GCGGCAGGGCUGGGAGGCGGCGGCGGCGGCGGGAGCUGCCUCCUCUCCAGGCGGCGGCGCUGACUGAUCUGGCUAACCGGGCUUCUGUGUAAACUGAGGCUAAACAAACACAGAUGGAGCGCAGCGGGCGUGCUCCGGCACUGCUGGCGCGGCGGCAACCACUUCAGAUGACACUCUGAGCGCUCCGGGAGCGGACAGCGCGGCGGCUUCGGGGAGCCCGCGGCGCAGCUGCCCGGGGCGCGGAGGGAGGGGGAGGCGCGGGGAGGGGGGGGCUCGCGCCUGGGCGGCGGCGGAGCGCGGGGAGCGCGGGGAGCGCGGGGAGCGCGGGGAGCACGAGGAGCUCCGGGAGCCGGGCAGCCCGGGAAGCACCGGGAGCCCGCGGAGCCCACGCAGCGUGCAGAGUGCUCCCGGCUCCGCGCGCCGCCCGCGCCAUGAAGCACCUCCCGGUGCUCGAGGACGGCCCGUGGAAAGCCGUGUGCGUGAAGGAACUGAACGGUCUCAAGAAGCUCAAGCGGAAAGGCAAGGAGCCGGCGCGGCGUGCGAACGGCUAUAAAACUUUCCGAUUGGACUUGGAAGCGCCGGAGCCCGGGGCCACCGCAGCCAACGGACUGCGGGACGGGACCCAGCGGCUGCAGCCGGUCCCGGUGGCGACUCCGGGGGCGCCCACCGUCCCCCCAGGUGCGGGCGCGGACGCCGCCGGGGAGCGCCGGGCAGCCCGGGCGCCUGAGGUCUCAGACGCGCGGAAACGCGGCUUCGCGCUGGGUGCGGUGGGGCCGGGGCUCCCCACGCCGCCCCCCGCGCCCCAGGCCCCCCUGGGCCAAGCCCCCCUGGGCCCCGAGGCCCCGGCUUUCCGAGAGCCGGGUUUGCGUCCCCGCAUCUUGCUGUGCGCUCCGCCCGCGCGCCCCAUGCCCCCCGAGCCGUCCGCGCGCCCCGGGGAAAGUUCCUACUCGUCAAUCUCACACGUAAUUUACAAUAACCACGCGGAGUCCUCAGCGUCGCCUAGGAAACGACCCGAAGGGUCGGCCGCCGCCUCGGAGAUGAAAGCCCUGCAGCAGACCCGCAGGCUGCUGGCGAACGCGCGCGAGCGCACGCGGGUGCACACCAUCAGCGCCGCCUUCGAAGCGCUCAGGAAGCAGGAGUGACCAAGGAUGCUGCUGUGGGCCAGCUUUCCAGUCAGAUCUGAGGAGAAGCUGAUCCAGCCUCAUCUUUUCCAAGAUGCUGCCAGGUGCUCAGACCACCACCUCUCAGGGUUGGACAGGAACAUGCCCACCUCCCUGUCACCAUCCUACCACCCCCACCACCCCCAGCCACUCCCCAGACUUUGCACUUUGCUUUCUGCCUAGUGGGGAGGGGAGAGGUCAUCCUCCCUGUCCUGGGGUCUGAGGCCUGUCAUCAGUCUGCAGAAAGUCAUUGCCAAAGAUCCAUCAGAGAUGCUGAAUACCACAUGUUGAUAAAACACCACAGCAGAAAAGCCACAUUGUUGCUCGAGAACUUUUCCUUCACCUAUUGCCUCGGUUCCCAUCUCAAGCCAAAGCUGAGUCGGCAGUUUCACCAGGAACUUCAUGGAAGGAUGGACAUUUGGUGACUGCUGGAAAUGCUUAACCCUCUGACCAGGAACUCUCUUUCUAUACUGGGCCCUGAAUUGCCUGGGUGUGAGAUAAGUCUUCUGGGGACUUUGAGGGGGAGGCUGGGAGUGCCUAUAGAGAACAGAACCAGAGACUAAAGUCCCCUUCUCUUCCUCCCACUGGUUACCAGGCCUCUGACCCUGAGUCUCAUUUUUCUCUGGCCCCAGACUCCUACUUGGGCCCCCAGUUUCAUGAGAAGAAUGUAAAGGGCAGAGGCAGGGAGAAAGAAGAAACAUUAUUGGCCAAACAGCAACAUCCUAAAGGAUUUGCCCCAAGGCAAUCUGCCUAAGGGCUUAUCCCCCCCACCCCCACACACACAUUCAUCAGCCUCUCCUAGCCAAUGGCCCACCUCUUGGCUGGGCAAACAAGAUGGCACCCUGCUUGGAGGCCAGUGAUCUUUCACAGGCUGUGUAGCAGGGCAGAGAGGAAGAAGGAACCAGGGAAUGGGUCAUUAUGUGGGGGUGUGGUUUCAAAGCCAAGGUCUUCUACUCCCUUGUGCUCAAAAGGCCAAAGCUAUUCACAUCUGUACACAAACAUCUGCUUCAAAUUGAAGUAAAAGUCCCAACAUGUAAAGAAAACA